AUGAGCUCGCCCUCUGCUCUCACGGUGGUGUAUCCGCCUUCAUUCCAGAACUCGUUCUGGUCCUAUCCAUCCUACCGACCGGGCGCCCAGAGCCUGUAUGCCAAGCUGCAGGCAGGUCUGGACGAGAACGAAUCGAUACUCGCCUUUGUCGCCCAUCGCGCAGAGCUCGAGUACAAUCACGCAGAAGCGCUCGCCACGCCGCCACCAGCCCCGUCCUUCCCUGCGCCCCUCUUCCGACAGGCUGCCGGCAUCCUCCAUGAGGUGCUGCCCAUCGAUAGCGCUGGCGGCUCAGCUGCUACGCGCGGCUUUGCCGCCAACUCGUCGGCCACCUCGCGCGCCUUCCGCAUGAUCCAGGCCGAGACCAACACGGCCCACGCCAACGCGCACGGAAAAGUGGCACGUCACCUCGAAAAGUCGAUCCUCGAGCCGUUCGGAAGGUGGGCCGCCGAUCACCGCACGCGCGUCACCCAGAGCUGGGAGCAUGUCGACGCCACGCUCGCCCGCUUCGAGCGACAGAAGAGCGAGGUGGACAAGCUCAAGCACAGCUACGAGAACAAGUGCCGCGCCGCCGACGAGGCCGAAGACGAUGCGCGCUUUGCUCCGAUCGAUGAGGCCGACCUGCCCUCGCCGCCUCCCUCCCACGCCUCGGACUCGACGCUCCGCCCUCCCGCCGCUGCGGCGCACCCUCAGCGCAGAAGCGUGUCCGGAGAUAGCACCAAGUCCAUCGACUCGCACCCCGACGAGACCGACGACCCAGACAGGCUCAAGCGCCGCGAAACGCUGCGAAAGCAGUUUGGAUUCUCCCAGCGCGCCACCUCGGCCACGCAUUCGCCGCCUGCCCAUGCCGCGCUCGACGGCGUCAAGCUGCCUCCGCUCCCCACCGAGACAGAGGGAGAGGCCAUGGAUGCCAGCGCUGCCUCUCUGGCGCCUCCAGCACCCCACGCAACGAGCCUCAAACGAUCCGGCACCAUCUCGGCCCUUGUAAGCUCGGCCGUCGAGAAGAUGCCCGCUCCGCUCAAGGCAGCCGUCGGCGGCGUCGUCUCGGCCGAACCUCGCCACGCCAGGCUCCGCCGCGACGCCGACAACGCCGAAAAGGUCUACGAGGAGGCCGUCAGAAACCUGGACCGAACGCGUUGCCAGCUCGAGGAGGUCCUCUUUGAGCACUACGGCCUCACCCAGCGCUGGGAGGCCGACCGCAUCCGUGCCGUGCAUUCCGUGCUCGCCUCCUACAAUCACGCUGUCGCCGCCGAAAUCCCCAUCCUGCAGCAAUCCUCGGCUCGCUCCUUCCAGUCCUCCCAAGGCCUCGACCCCUCGCUCGAGCUGCGCGCUUUGAUCAGACAGGCAAGGACUGGCCCCUUCCGCCCGGCCAUCGAACGCUUCCAACCCUACUACCACGACGAGACCUCGCUCGGCCGCAAGGUGGGUCCCCACGGCGUCGCGCAUGCAUGGCUCGUCAAGAACGGCGGCUUCGGUCUCGACCUCUCGCUCGUCGAGCGUCUCGAGUAUCUCGAACGCCUCGAGCACCAGCCUUCCGCUCCCGAGAGUGACAACCCCACUCAGCUCGCCACGGUCCCGCCCGUCCUCGCUGCGCUGCUCGCCGCUUUGGACCGCGCAUAUGCCGACGACGAGCGUUGGACCGCUCUCGCAAAGGCCUUUGCCGCGGCCAACGCGCCAGCCGCGCCUGCUGACCAAAGUUCGGAAGACCAAACCGCCAAAGAUGAGGCCGCCGACGAACCGGACGCCAAGCUCAUCGGCCAGGAAAAACGCAAGAUCUGGAUCCUCGAGGUGCCUCUGCCCAUCACGCAUCGUCUGCGCGAUGCGCUCAUUGCACACCUCAACCCGUCUCUCGCCGACCUGAUCUACGGCGGCACCAACGGCACAAAGGCAGCCGAUGCUGCCGAGUCUCCGGCGAACAUCAUCCCAGAGAAGCUUCUCGACUCGUACGAUGCGCCCGUGCUGGCGGCGUGCAUCAAGCUCUGGCUUCUCGAGCUCGAACACAGCCUCAUCACCGAGGAGCUGUGGGACCAGAUCGACGCCAUCUAUCGAGCAGCUGCGGGUCAGGAGCUCGAAGCGCUUUCUGCCGCCACGCCCGUCGUCGGCAGCUCCGAGGAGGGUGCUGCUGCGGCGAAGGACGGCGAGCCGGCUGCGACGCCCAAGGCCUCGGCCAUCAAGCGGCCCGAGGUGGACGGGGCGACCAAGGCCAAGAUCCGUGCCGGCGUGCUCGAGGAUCUGCGUGUGGUGCUCAACAAGCUGCCACGCAUCCACCUCGCGUGUCUCGACGCGCUCUUCUCGCACCUGCACCGUCUCGUCGCCUCGACCCAGGCGGCGGAGGCGGACGCAGUGUAUGCCAACAAGCUCGGGCUGGCGCUCGGCCGCGCACUGGUGCGGCCCAGGCACGAGUCGGCGUACACGCUCUCGUCGCAGAUCGGCACGCUGGUCGUGUACGACCUGCUGCACCACUACGACGACAUCCUGCCGGAGCUCGUUGAGAAGAAGCGCACCGAGGCGGCGGCGGCAGCUGCAGCGAGCCCCAACGCCAAGGGUGCGCCGGCCGACGGGCAGCGACGCAUGCCGAUCCGCAAGCGCACCAAGCCCAUCGACCAGCGCAUCUCGCGCUCGUCGAUCGGCAGCGAUCUGCAGCAGGGCGCGCGCAAGCUCAUGCAGCAGAUGGACGAGCGCGAGCGCAGCAAGGUCGAGCCGACGCCCAUCGUCACGUCGAGCGAUGCAGCCACUGCCGAGGCCAAGCGCGACGACGACAUUGCGGCGCCCACCCCGCUGGCCGAACGCGUGCUGGGCGCGUCGGCGGCGGCCAACGAGCCCGCAAAGGAGGCCGAGACCGUGUCGGUGGUCGACGACUCGGCCGAGCAGCACAAGGAGCAGCAGAGCCAAGAAGCUGCCCAGGCGCAGUCGGCCGCCGCUGCCGCAGGCGCCGCCGACGAGCGUCCGCUGUCCAACGUGGCGCGCCUCUCGCGCCAAUUCAACUCGGCCUCAUCCACGGGCUCGGCGGGCUCCAAGCGCUCGAGCCUGGGUGGUGGCGGCCCGCGUGGACCGCGCGCGCCGUCGUCGCGCACCCCAUCCGCCGGCGUCAGCGACCUCGGCGACGCGGAUCUCAAGUAA